AUGGCCAGCCUCCUACGACUCCAGCCCUCAAUGCAGGCCCGAUUUUCUCUCAAACCUAUCGGUCGGUCAUCCAUUACUUUGCUGUCCCGACGCACGUACGCGCAAAACCCCUCCAACACCAAAUCCGGCGACGGCCACAGCUCGGAGACGGAGCAGGCUCCAAACCACCCGGUCCCCUCCAACAAAGCGCAGCCUACCCUGAAGGAUGGGAAGCAAUCGCCCAUGGCAGACAUGGAGGGGAACCUGAAAGAAGAUUUGCCCGAGGAUGUGAAGAAGCAUAACGCGGAGGUGGAGCAGCGUUAUGAUCGACCAUACAAUCAUAUCGCAGAUGAAGGGAACAUCGAGAAUGCUUGGAAGAAGUAG